UCGGUUGCCGGGAUACGCGGCGCCAGCGAGGCCUCGGCGCCGAAGAAAGUUGCGCCUCGAAAGCCAGGAACCGCCCGAGAGCUGCCCCUCUGCAAGCCCAGCGGGGGUUCGCUGCAGUGGCCACCCCGAGAAGGAAUUCGGCAGCCUCGGAGUUGUUUGACUUCCCCCCUUCCGCGCCGGCUGUGGUGAUGAGGAAACGCAUUCAGAGGGCGUUGCACAGAUGGUAACUGCCACAGCUAUCAAAGGAGAAUUAAUCUAUUCCUUAAAGUGACUGAGCCAUGGCCAGCAAUCAUAAAGCUUCAGUAACUCGUCCUGUUUCACGUGGUGGAGUUGGGAUGACAGGAAGACCUCCUUCUGGAAUACGUCCCCCAUCAGGAAAUAUUCGAGUGGCAACUGCAAUGCCACCUGGAACAGCAAGACCAGGCUCUCGUGGAGGUCCCUUAGGGACAGGAGGAGUUCUGUCUUCUCAAAUCAAAGUUGCUGAUCGUCCUGUAACACAGCAAGGUUUGAGUGGAAUGAAAACUGGCAUGAAAGGUCCCCAGAGGCAAAUUUUAGACAAAUCCUAUUAUCUUGGCCUUCUUAGGAGUAAAAUAAGUGAACUUACUAUAGAAAUUAAUAAACUCCAGAAAGAAAUAGAAAUGUACAAUCAAGAGAAUUCAGUAUAUUUGUCAUAUGAAAAGAGAGCUGAGACUUUAGCUGUUGAAAUCAAAGAGUUUCAAGGACAACUUGCAGACUACAACAUGUUGGUGGAUAAACUUAAUACCAAUACUGAAAUGGAAGAAGUAAUGAAUGAUUACAACAUGCUUAAAGCUCAAAAUGACCGAGAAGCACAAAGUAUGGAUAUCAUAUUUACUGAAAGACAAGCGAAAGAAAAACAAAUCAGAAGUGUGGAAGAAGAAAUUGAACAGGAAAAACAAGCAGCAGAUGGCAUUAUCAAAAAUAUGUCUCCUGAAAAACAAGUCAAGUAUAUAGAAAUGAAAACCACAAAUGAAAAAUUGUUGCAGGAACUAGAUACACUCCAGCAACAGCUAGAUUCAUUGAACAUGAAAAAAGAGAGCCUGGAAGCAGAAAUAGCACACUCCCAGGUAAAACAGGAGGCCGUAUUACUGCACGAAAAACUUUACGAGUUAGAGUCCCAUCGAGAUCAAAUGAUUGCAGAAGACAAAAGCAUGGGAUCUCCAAUGGAAGAAAGAGAGAGAUUACUUAAGCAGGUUAAAGAAGAUAAUCAGGAAAUAGCCAGUAUGGAACGACAAUUGACAGAUAUAAAGGAAAAAAUUAAUCAGUUUAAUGAAGAAAUUAGACAACUUGACAUGGAUUUAGAAGAACACCAAGGUGAAAUGAAUCAAAAGUAUAAGGAGCUGAAAAAAAGGGAGGAAAACAUGGACACUUUUAUUGAGACUUUUGAGGAAACUAAGAAUCAGGAACUGGAAAGGAAGGCACAGAUAGAAGCCAGCAUUGUUUCACUUUUGGAGCAUUGUAGUCGAAAUUUAAAUCGCAUGAAACAGAUAUCCUCUAUCACCAAUCAGGAGCUGAAAAUGAUGCAGGAUGACCUCAACUUUAAAUCUACUGAAAUGCAGAAAUCACAAAGUACAGCUAGGAAUUUGACAUCUGAUAGUCAACGUCUGCAAUUGGAUCUACAGAAAAUGGAGCUUUUGGAAAGUAAAAUGACUGAGGAACAACAGUCUUUAAAAAGCAAAAUUAAGCAAAUGACGACUGAUUUGGAGACAUACAGUGAUUUGCCAGGUUUAAAAUUAUCAGGUGAAGAAAAGAAAAAAAAAUUACAUCAGGAGAGAGCAGUAUUAUCAACCCACAGAAAUGCUUUUAAGAAAAUAAUGGAGAAGCUAAACGUAGACUAUGAGACACUAAAAACACAAUUGCAAGAAAAUGAGACACAUUCUCAGCUUACAAAUUUGGAGAGGAAGUGGCAACACCAUGAGCAAAAUAAUUUUGUGAUGAAAGAAUUCAUAGCAACCAAGAGUCAAGAGAGUGAUUACCGACCAAUUAUGAAGAAUGUGACCAAGCAGAUUGCAGAGUACAAUAAAACUAUCGUGGAUGCUCUACAUAGCACAAGCAGAAACUGAGUCUGAACCAAGUGGGAGUCUAUAAAAGUAUCAUCUUUUUGCUAAGUUUUAUUCAAGUUGA